AGAAACUGCUGCUGAAGCCUCAGGACAGGCUCUAUUCUGAUUCGCUGACAGCAGUGGGGAGGCUGCAUGUGUGCAGAAAGGACCUGAGUGAAGUCAUGAGCCCGUUCACAGACAACGCAGAGCUACAACAGAGGUCAGCUCGCAUGCUGAGUAUGAACACAUGGGACGUGGCUGUCACCCUUACAAACUUUGACUGGAGUGUCUUCAACUCAAUACAUGAGCAAGAGCUGGUGUACUUCACGUUCAGCCGUCAUGCCAGCAGUGGCCACACGGUGGCGCUGGAGCUGCUGCUGCAGCGCUGCAAUGAGGUACAGCUGUGGGUGAUGACAGAAGUCCUGAUGUGUCCUACACUCUGCAACAGAGUCCAGCUCAUCAAGAAGUUCAUCAAAAUUGCUGCCCACUGUAAAGCCCAGAGGAACCUCAACUCUUUCUUUGCCAUCGUUAUGGGUCUGAACACCGCAGCAGUUAGCCGCCUCAGUCAGACCUGGGAGAAAGUUCCAGGAAAAUUCAGAAAACUGUUUUUGGAACUGGAGAUGUUGACAGACCCCUCUCUCAACCACAAAGCCUACAGGGACGCUUUCAAGAAGACCAAGACGCCCAAGAUCCCUUUCCUUCCUCUGCUACUGAAAGAUAUCACUUUCAUUCACGAGGGCAACAAAACGUUUCUGGAUAACCUGGUGAAUUUUGAAAAGCUGCACAUGAUAGCCGACACGGUGCGUCUCAUCAGACACUGUCAGGAGGAUCACAUGGGGAACGGGAUGCCCCAGAAGAGCAGUCCGGAGGUGCAGGCCUAUGUCGACUACCUUCACGUCAUUGACAAUCAGCAGACUCUGUUUGAACUGUCCCACAGACUGGAACCCCGUGUGUAGAUAGACCACAUACACUCUCUGAGCCUGCCUCCCUCCACCCCUCGAAGUCAGACCACCAAGGAGAAGGGUACCAACUAGUCUCUGGAAACACCCCUCAGGACCCCUCAGGACUCAUAAAGAAGCAUGGGUUGGCCAACACUACAGAGCCCAGCUCUAACACACACACACACACACACACACACACACACACACACACACACACACACACACACACACACACACACACACACACACACACACACACACACACACACACACACACACACACACACACACACACACACACGAUUCUAUUAAUCAGCUGCUCACACAGCAGGACUUUGAUGAGUUGAAUUAGGUGGGUUAAUGCAGGACUGGAACAAAAGCCAGAGGGAUAGGGUUGGACAGAGCCGACAGAGAGAUGACUGUGUGGCGCUGGCCAACCACUAGAUGGCGCCAAAAGGCAUACUGGAAUACUGAGCAACGAUGGAGCAGAGGGAACCAAAAGCUUCUCAGUUUAACAAAUAGAUCUGGACCCGUAUUGAUCAAAGGAUCCCAGAGUAGGAGUUCUGAUCUAGGAUUUGUUUAGCCUUUUGGAUCAUAAUGAAUGGUCAGGGACCUAGAUCAGCACUCCUACUCAGUGAUGUCCUGGUAGAUUAAUAGGUGGAUGAACUUGGAUUGCUGGUCGCAGUGAAAAAAGUAACGCUUCCUAUUCUUUCAAUGCAUUUUUCCGCAAAAUGUGGGUACAUUGUUGGGGCCCUCCCCCCAAAAAGGUGGGUACAUUGUUGGGGCUCUCCCCCCAAAAAGGUGGGUACAUUGUUGGGGCCCUCUCCCUAAAAAAGGUGGUUACAUUGUUGGGGCCCUCCCCCUAAAAAAGGUGGUUACAUUGUUGGGGCCCUCCCCCUAAAAAUGUGGGUACAUUGCGUUUACCCUCCACUACACCAGUGAUCCUACUCUGAGACGCUUUAUGAAUAUGGACCCUGCUUCAGUCACUCUGUAUUGAUACCUUCAGGUUGUUGUUAUCUGCUUCCAAACAGGUGACCACUCCCUGAUUACCUAUCUACACACAAUGAAAGAAAGCAUCAACCUUCUGGGGACUUGAACACCAGGACACUACACUUGACAGACCUCCAGUGCAUGACCACCACACACUGGACUGCUGUUAAGCUAAAUGGAUUUAAACAACAAUAUUGAAGUGUGUGUGUGUGUGUGUGUGUGUGUGUGUGUGUGUGUGUGUGUGUGUGUGUGUGUGUGUGUGUGUGUGUGUGUGUGUGUGUGUGUGUGUGUGUGUGU